UCCACCCGUAGGGUUGGCGGAAGCAGCUCUCAGUCUGCGACUUCAGUGACUGGGAGGAAAAGAAGAGAGAAGUUCAGAAAGUUUGAUCACAGCGCAACUACGUGAAGAAAAAACUUUCAAAUGAAGGCACUAUAAGGAUUUAUGUGGUCAAACGAGACAUUCUGACAGUCAAAAGACAGCUUCUCUUUCGAGUAUAAUUCGUUUUCAGACUUUUGAAGAUCAUUUUAAGAUUCGUUACGCUUUAACUUGACAGAGCACAGCCUCGCGCUGGCGACUCUAUGUGGAUUUUACUCAAAAUAUGGGCCAAUUACCCGGUGUCUCUUCGGGCAGAGUCAUCCUUCUUGUUAUCUGCUCCCUUAAAAUAACACAUGCUCUGCAGUGUGUGGACCCCGUGAAGCCCUGCGUGAACAAUGCUACCUGUGUCACCUUCCACAAUGGAACAGGCUACUGCAGGUGUGCUCCUGGUUUCUUAGGCGAGUACUGUCAGCACAAGGACCCUUGUUAUGUGGGAUAUUGUGUAAAUGGAGGAGAGUGCACCGUGAGCGUGGCUGGUGUACCUGGGAGUCCCAGCUGCGACUGUCCUCUGGGCUUCACGGGCCAGCGCUGUGAGAUCCAGAAAAACUCCACCUGCUACCCCAACAACCCUUGCAUCAAUGGGGGGAAGUGCAGGCUUCUCCCUAACGACCAGUACAAAUGCACGUGUGAGCGCGGAUGGACAGGUCAGCAUUGUGAGCAAGAGGACACAUGUCUGUCUAGCCCAUGUGCCAACGGUGGUAACUGCCAUGCUAUGCCGAACAACGGAUUCUAUUGUACCUGUCCUCUUGGUUACCAAGGUCCCCAUUGUCUCAAUGACACAGAUGAGUGUGCCAUCUCCCCACCUCUGUGCCAGAACAGAGGCACAUGUCUGAACACCCCAGGUUCAUAUCGAUGCAACUGCCAACCCGGCUUUACCGGCCCCCACUGCGAGAACGUUUACGUGCCUUGCUUUCCAUCCCCCUGCCUCAAUGGUGGAACCUGUCGACCGAUGACGGACACAACUUAUGUCUGCCACUGUCUGCCAGGUUUUAAUGGAACAAACUGUGAGGUGAACAUUGAUGAUUGUCCAAAUCACCGCUGUCAGAAUGGAGCCACAUGCAUGGAUGGAGUGAACACCUACAACUGCCAGUGCCCACCUGAAUGGACUGGUCAGUUUUGCACCGAUGACGUGGAUGAAUGCAGACUGCAGCCCAACACCUGUCAGAACGGAGGCACAUGCAGUAACACGCGCAACGGCUACAACUGUGUAUGUGUGAACGGCUGGAGCGGCCCUGACUGCUCCGAAAACAUUGAUGACUGUGCAGCUGAGCCCUGCACUGCCGGCUCCACUUGCAUCGACCGUGUGGCUUCCUUCGUUUGCAGCUGCCCUCCCGGCAAGACUGGUUUGCUGUGCCACAUUGAUGAUGCCUGCACCAGUAACCCUUGUAAGAUGGGAGCUCAAUGUGACACGAACCCCGUCAAUGGCAAGUUCAAUUGUAACUGCCCCUCUGGGUACAAGGGCAGCACGUGUGCAGAGGAUAUCGACGAGUGUGUCAUCGGGCCAAACCCAUGUGAGCAUGGUGGCUCGUGUAAGAACACAGAGGGCUCGUUCAGCUGUAACUGCGCUCCGGGUUACAACGGCCCACGCUGUGAGCAGGACAUCAAUGAAUGUGGCUCCAACCCCUGCCAGAAUGAUGCCACCUGCUUGGACCAAAUUGGAGAUUACAACUGCAUCUGUAUGCCAGGCUUUGUUGGAUCGCACUGUGAGAUUGACAUUGAUGAGUGUGCCAGCUCGCCUUGUCUCAAUAACGGUAAAUGUCUAGACCAGGUCAGCCGGUUCGUCUGUGAGUGUCCUCAAGGCUUCACUGGGGAAAUGUGUCAAGUUGACAUUGAUGAGUGUGCCAGCACGCCGUGCCAUAAUGGGGCCAAGUGUCUCGACCGUCCUAACGGCUAUGAGUGUGUAUGUGCUGAAGGUUUCACAGGGCUAUUGUGUUUGGAUAACAUUAACGACUGUGAACCUAAACCCUGUCACCAUGGCGAUUGUGUAGACGGAAUUGCUACCUUCAUCUGCAAGUGUCACCCAGGUUACAUGGGCCCCAUCUGCAGCGAGCAGAUACGCGAGUGCCAAAGUGACCCCUGCCAAAACAGAGGACGCUGUGUUGACCUGGUCAACAUGUACCAGUGCAACUGCCAGCCGGGCACCUCAGGUGUGAACUGUGAGAUUAACCAAGAUGACUGUGCCAGUAAUCCCUGCCAGCACGGGACCUGUGAGGAUGGAAUCAACGAGUACAAAUGUGUGUGCGAACCUGGAUAUACAGGAGAACGAUGCACUGAGGAGAUUAACGAGUGCAGUUCGAACCCGUGUCUGAGUGGAGGGACAUGUUUGGACAAGGUGAACGGGUUUCAGUGUUUGUGUCCAAUUGGGACUCAUGGUCCUCUGUGUCACUCAGGUGCAGAUCACUGCAGCCCCAUGCCCUGCCUACAUGGAAAAUGUAUUGAGCAGCAGGACGGGUACCUUUGUGAAUGUAAGCGUGGUUGGGAGGGUAAGAAUUGUGAACGAGAGAAGAAUGAGUGUCAGUCGAACCCGUGUCAGAAUGGUGGUACCUGUAAUGACCAUCUAAAUGGCUACACCUGCGUUUGUGCCCGUGGAUUUGCAGGUUUCAACUGCGAGAUAAACAUUAAUGAGUGUGAGUCAAACCCCUGUAUGAAUCAGGGAACUUGUGUGGAUGGAGUCAACAGCUACAUUUGUCACUGCACUCUGCCUUACACAGGGAGACACUGUGAGGAGAAGUUGGUCCCCUGUGCAUCUCAGCCCUGUCAGAGACGAGGGGCGUGUCAGCCAUCCCCGGAUUACACCAGCUACACCUGCAUUUGCCACAGCGGCUGGGAAGGAGCCCAGUGCACAGAGGAUGUAGAUGAGUGCAAGAAGAGCCCAUGUCAGAAUGGAGCUCACUGUGUGAACACAGUUGGCAGCUACCGUUGUGAGUGUCAGCCUGGGUACAGUGGGAUCAACUGCCAGACCAACAUCGAUGACUGCAGCUCCAGUCCAUGCCGUAAUGGUGGUACGUGUGUUGACAAAGUGGGGCGGUUCUUGUGCGAGUGCAGAGCUGGUUUCUAUGGCGAGCGCUGUGAGGAGGAGGUAGACGAGUGCGCCAGCAAUCCCUGCUGGAAUGGAGGCACCUGCACCGACUACGUGAACAGCUACACGUGCCAAUGCCGGCCUGGCUAUGACGGCAUCAACUGUGAACGUGAUAUCCCAGAUUGCACUGAGACCUCUUGUCUGAACAAUGGAACGUGUGUAGAUGGAAUUAACCGCUUCUCUUGCCGCUGUCGGCAUGGUUUUUCGGGUCAGUUCUGCCAGUUCGAACUGAACGAGUGUGACUCUCAUCCCUGUAAAAAUGGUGGCACCUGCAUAGAUGGCCUGGGGACCUUCGACUGCACCUGCCCAUCUAUGUACAAAGGAAAAACUUGCGAGUCAAUGGUGAAUGUGUGCAGUCAGAUUAAGUGUCAGAACGGAGGUAAUUGCAUCCAGAAGGAGAUGGAUUGGAGAUGCCGCUGUCAGCAUGGCUGGACAGGCCUUUACUGUGACAUCCCAAACAUGUCCUGCCAGGCUGUUGCUAUCAGCAAGGGUGUGGCAGUGGACAUGGUCUGUAAGCACGCAGGAAGGUGUAUGGACAAAGGCAACACACACCAGUGUAUUUGUCAAAGAGGUUAUAUGGGCAGUUACUGUGAGGAUGAGGUGGACGAAUGCCUCUCCAGCCCCUGCAGAAACGGAGGGACCUGUGUGGACUACCAGGGUGGAUAUAACUGCCAGUGCAAAGCAGGUUAUCAGGGUGUGAACUGUGAAUAUGAUAUUGACGAGUGCCAGUCGAAUCCCUGUCGGAAUGGAGGCACCUGCAUCGAUUUGAUCAACCGCUUCUCCUGUGCAUGCCCUCCGGGCACCAAAGGUUUGCAGUGUGAGGUGGACGUGGAUGAAUGCGCCCCAGAGUUUGGCCCGCGCUGUAAGAACGGUGGCCAGUGUGUGGACGGUGUGGGGCGGUACACUUGCUCCUGCCCUCCUGGUUUCACUGGAGUGCAUUGUGAGGGAGAUGUGAAUGAGUGUCGUUCUGGACCUUGCAACCCAUCCGGCACCAUCGACUGUGUGCCGCUGACCAAUAGCUAUCAGUGCCGCUGUCGUCUCGGUUAUACUGGUCAACGCUGCGAGUUAGUGGUGGAUCUGUGCCUGUCCAAGCCAUGCCACAACAACGGCAGAUGUGCCAUGAACAUGAGUUCAGUACAUGGAUACAGCUGUACCUGCCAACCCGGUUACACUGGCUUCAAUUGUGGGGAUUUUGAGAUGUUCCCCUGUGCCAGUUUGCGCUGUCAGAAUGGCGGACACUGUGUGGAGAUAAAGGGUCGCCCGCAGUGCCAAUGUCUAAUGGGUUUCACCGGACAGCACUGCGAGAGCAGUACAAAACCCUGCAUGUGUCAAAACGGUGGCUCCUGUAUGCCAGAUGAUUCCAACAAGUUGAGCUGCCGGUGUCCACCCGGAUUCAGUGGGCCGACCUGUCAAAUGAUUGAACCUUCCUGCCCUUAUUUGGAGUGUAAAGUGCGGGCGGGAGACAAAGUAUGUGACCCGCAAUGUAAGAACCCAGAGUGCGAGUGGGAUGGAGGCGAUUGUACGCUCCAUUGGGACAAGCCCUGGAAGAACUGUCUAACAUCGGAACCCUGCUGGAACUUAUUUCAUAAUGGCCGCUGUGACCCACAGUGCAACAAUGCAGGCUGCCUCUUCGAUGGCUUCGAAUGCCAGAAUCAUACAUCGACAAGCACUUGCAAAUAUGACAGAUACUGUGCAGAUCAUUACGCCAAUGGUCAUUGUAACCAGGGCUGCAACACAGAAGCAUGUGGCUGGGAUGGUCUGGACUGUGCCUCAGACACUCCUCCCAAGCUAGCUGAUGGCACACUGGUGAUUGUGGUGCUAUUGCAGCCUGAGGAGCUGCUGGGUGACCUUAAGGGUUUCUUGCGGUCUUUGGGGACGCUCCUCCACACCAACCUGCGAGUGAAGCUGGAUGAUAAUAAGAAACCUAUGGUGUACGCAUAUUAUGGAACUGAGGAGAAUGAAAUUCAAAAUGGUAUCGCUGCUAUGAAGCAACGUGGAAAACGAGAGCUGGAGAAGGAGAUUAUUGGAUCAAAGGUUCACCUAGAGAUUGACAAUCGACAGUGUUCUCAGCACUCGAAAGAAUGCAUCUCCAGUGCAGAUCAGGCUGCGGCUUUCAUAGCUGCCGAGUACUUGAAAUCGGAGCUUCCGUACCCCGUCUACUCCGUGAGCAGCGAUCAGAAUGUACCUACCCCUGUGCCUACUCUCCUGUACCUGGUUGCCGUGGCUGCAGCUAUCAUCAUGCUGAUUUUGGUGCUGGGUGUGUUGGCUGCCAAGCGCAAACGCGAGCAUGGGACUUUAUGGCUUCCUGACGGCUUUCUAGCAAAGAAUGACGGCAAGCGAAGAGAGCCAGUGGGACAGGAUGAUUUUGGCAUGAAGAGCAUGCAGAAGUCACAGGAUGGAGGGUUGAUGGAUGGCAGUUCUACCCAUCAUUGGUCAGAGGAUGAUCAUCUACCUAAAAAACCCAGGAUGGAGGAUAAGCCAUUGCUUCCUGUUGGAGGGGAUGGAGGAGUGGACAGGAGAGAGUGGACCCUGCAGCAUCACAAAGCCGCUGACAUCACACUCACACCCCCUCAGGCGGACAUAGACAUGGACAGCCUGGAUGUCAAUGUUAAAGGACCAGAUGGUUUCACUCCUCUCAUGCUGGCAUCUCUACGAAAUGGCAGCAGCCCCGAUUGUGGCAGCAUGCUGGGAGAGGAGGAGGAGGAAAGUGGCGCUGACGAGCCUGGCACAAACGUCAUAACCGAUUUGAUUGGCCAGGGUGCGUCGCUCAAUGCCCAGACAGAUCGCACCGGAGAGACGGCACUUCACCUCGCUGCACGAUAUGCCCGAGCAGAUGCUGCCAAGAGACUGUUGGAUGCUGGUGCUGAUGCCAAUGCUCAUGAUAACAUGGGCCGCACCCCUCUCCAUGCGGCCGUGGCAGCAGAUGCCCAAGGAGUCUUCCAGAUUCUCAUCCGGAACCGUGCCACGGAUCUUGAUGCUCGUAUGAAUGACGGCACCACACCACUCAUCCUGGCAGCCAGACUGGCAGUGGAGGGUAUGGUGGAGGAACUGGUGCACUGCCAUGCAGACGUCAAUGCAGUGGAUGACCAUGGCAAAUCGGCUUUACACUGGGCUGCCGCUGUCAAUAACGUAGAAGCCACUCUGGCGCUACUGAAGAAUGGAGCCAAUCGAGACAUGCAGGACAACAAGGAGGAGACCCCCUUGUUCCUGGCUGCCAGAGAGGGCAGCUUUGAAGCGGCCCAAGUUCUCCUAGAUCAUUAUUCAAAUCGUGAUAUCACCGACCAUCUUGACCGCCUGCCUCGUGACACUGCGCAAGAGCGAAUGCAUCAUGACAUUGUGCGUCUGCUGGACCAGUACAACUUGGUACACAGCCCACACUCCGGCCCUAAUCACGUGGGCAAUGGCGGAGGACACUCUUCGAUGGUCUGUGGAACAAAUGGCACAGGAUUCAUGAUCGGCAUGCGUCCAGGACCGCAGGGCAAAAAGAAUCGGCGAGCAGGAGGAAAAGCAAGUGCUGUCGCAGCUGGGACAGCCAAAGAUCUGAAAGAAAUGAAGGCCAAGAGGCGGAAGAAGCCAGCCGGAGGAGAGGGGCCGAGUGUGGCGGCCGUACCCGGAGCCGGAGGAAAUGUCACCAAAGCAGCCAGCGGUCUCUCAGAGAGCUCGGUCACCAUGUCACCUGUGGAUUCCCUGGAAUCUCCACACUCGUAUGCCGGAGAGGUCGUGGCCGCCUCCAGCACAGCAAAUUCUCCCCCUCUGCUCAGCAGCCCACAAACAAGGCCUAUGUUGCCCCCUGUAAGUCACAUGUUGGGCCAGCAGCAAAGCUGGGUGGGUCUGGCCAAACACGGCUACAAUAGCCACAUGUUUGGCCUCAUGUCACCCCACCAGAUGAGCGCAGGCCACACCAGCAUGCAGCAGCACCACAGCCCAGGCAUGCUCACCCCGAUGAAUGUCACCAUGAGCCGUGAGCAGCUGCCGCCCAUCGUCACCUUCCAGAUGAUGGCGACAGGCAGCGGGCAGAGCCUCCUCAAGCAGGCUCAGCAGGGGCAGAUACAGGCGCAGGGGCAAAAUCAGACGCAAGGUCAGCACCUGCACUGCAACCAGGGUAUGAUGUUCCCCAUUCCAGACGUGGGAAUGCAGCACGGCCUGUCGCACAACCUUCCGCACCCUCACGGUCACAACCACGUGCUUCCACACGGGCUGCCAGAGAGCCAGGCACGGCAGGUGGCAUCCUAUCAGCCACGCCAGAGCCCCGUGGAUAAAUAUCCCACGCCACCUUCCCAGCACAGCUAUGCCACCGCAGGCUCUGAGGGAACCACCCCCGGUCAUCCCACACACAAUCCCAGCGAACACCCCUACCUCACCCCCUCGCCCGAAUCGCCCGACCCCUGGUCCUCCUCGUCCCCCCACUCCAACUCAGACUGGUCCGAUGUCACCACAAGCCCCACCCCUCUAGCAAACCCCCACACUAUGCCUCCUUCCCGCCACACACACAUUCCCGAACAAGCCCAGCUGCAGCCCCCGUCGCAGGCCGCACAGCCGACACAGUCCCAGCAGUCCCAGCGCAGCACUGUAUACGCGUAGUAACUCGGACCUUUUGAGUUUAAUUGCACGGCCGUUUUGAUUCUCUCUCUUCAGCUGCCAAGGGAGUGGCCAACUAUCCUUCUUCCACCCUCCAUGUCUUUGUUACACUCUGCAUGUUGACUGUGAAGUUUGCGUAUCGUAAAUUCCCUCUAGCCUGAAUAUUUUAUCCCACAGGAGCCCCGAACUGAACAGAAACAGCUUUAACGACUGGGGAACUCUGUUUACGGCCAUCUACGACCUGAGGCACUUAUACCAGUGAACAAUUACACUGCCAAGCUAAGGGGUCUGUUUUUGUCCUCAGUUUGGGGAUGUUUAUUUCAAAUUUUAGUCAAACCUUUUAUGUUUUGAAGGAAAUUUUCACAUUUAAUCUGCCAUCUUUCUUUGAUCAUUUUUUGUUGAUGAUGAUAAAGUCAGAUAUGCUUAGUUGGUACCAACUUUAAAGGGAUAGUUCACGGAAAAGUGAACAUUUUGGUAUCUUUUACUCACCCUUGUGACGUUCCAAACCUGUGAGACCAUCUUCAGUGGAACACAAAAUUAGAUAUUUAGAAUUUUUUUUUUAAAUAUACAAUAAAAGUCAAAGUUUUGAACCCCAUUAUUGUAUAAAGAGAAAAUGAGUAUCUUUUGUGGUACAGGUUUGGAACGACAUCAGGGUGAGUAAAUAAUGAAUAAUGAAAAAAAAAAAAGUUUUUGCGUAAACUAUCCCUUGUAACUGAUAAUUUAAAUAAUAUUUUUAUAUUAUGGGUCAGCUUUGUGUUUAGAAUUUUUAUUUUUUUUUCUUUUGUAGCGAUGAAAUGUUUCUUUAAUGAAUUGGUGGUACUUGUUUAUUUUUUUGUGAUUGGUAGCAUUAAUUUGCUCCAAACACAUGCCCACAUACAUCUCAUUCAUUCAUGUGUGGUUCAGUGCUAAACUGUGGUGUAAAUAGUUAAAUGUUACUUUUUAUGUGUUGUCUGUUACGGUUUAUCCUCUGCCUUACCAAUGAUUAAAAGAGGUAAAAGGAGUUGUGUAAAUAUGAAUGGGUUCCACUUUGUUACUUUUGAAAUGGUAUGCAGUAUUCAGUGGCACCACAAACAUGACAGAGGUUUGAAGAGGAAUCCCAGCAGCCAUCGUCAAGCCGCUUGAGCUUUUCGGAAAAGGAAACAUUUAGACAAGUAAUAUUAUCAGUGCCUUUUACAAUAUAUUUGUACCCAUUGUUAUGAUUUUAUUUGUUUUGUUCUGCUUUUUUGUGUUACUGUAUAUUAAUAUUUUAAGCAGUUCUGAAGUUGUUGUACCUUUUAUUUACAUGAGUUUUAAAUACGUCAUGUGUUUUCUUUCUCAAUUACAAUCAUCCUGUCUGUGCAGCCGUUUGAAUCACUUGGUAAUUUAGAAAUCAUACUUUAUACAAUUUAAAUGUACUGUUUAACCUUUUCUGUUUUGUGUUCAAGCAAAGCUUUAUAAAAUCGAUUAGUACAAUCACAUUCUUUUUCUGUGUUUUGCACAAUAAAGCCCCUGGGUCUCUUAAAUGCCAAAUAAACACUCAUAAUAGUAUUUAGAAAUGCAUGCAUACAUUAGCCAGAGUGGUGAUAAAAUACUGUCUAAGGUCUUAUGAACUUCCGCUUAUGCUAUAUUUGUUCAGAUGGGUGGAUCCGUAAUAUUGUGUGUGCUCAAGGUCAAUAUUAAGAGAGUGUGCUUAUGCAAAUAGAAACUUUUAUGUACUAUAGGCUCCAUAUGGCAUAUUCCUUUUGGAAACAGUUGAUAUCCUGUAGCACUUAAGGGCCCUUCAACAGUAUGAUCUUUAGUGUACUGAAAACUGAAGAAUUUAAAGGGUGUUAGUCCACCAAAUAAAGAUCAAAGCAAAGCUUUUGGAACAUCAUAUUUUCACCCAAAUGUUAUGCAAAGCUAUUUUUUAAUAUGUGCUGUAUAUAAUUUUAUGUUUUUGGGUUUUUUUUAAUGCCUAUUGUACUCUUUUCUGUCCACCAAAUAUAUGCAUACAGUAUGCUAGAAUGAAGUAAAUGUUUCGUUUUAGUGGUUUGUAGAUUAAAAUCUGUGCUUUAAAGAACAAAAGCCUGUGUAUUGGAAAUAAUCCAAGACAAAUGGUGAUUAAAAUAGAGAUGAAACAAAUAAAGAAAAACCUUUACAAAUCGA